UGGCGUGUUUCAGUGCCACUCAGCUGUUCAAGAUGGUUCCACGUUCAGAGUGAAAUCCAAGAGGGAAAACACCUGCUCAGCUGGUUAAAUUGCUGAUCACAGAGUAAUUGAUAGUGAAAAGUGUUAGCCCAGGAGUUGGGGCACAAGUUAAGAGGAUGGAUUUCGGCACAUUGCUGCAUGUGGCGAAGAAAAACAGCCAAGAAGGAGCUGACAAGUCAAGAUGCUACAGCACGAAAUUUGCACCACCCAAGAAGGAGGCACGGGACAAAAAACUCUCUGCCAACAUUCAGAAGUUUCUGGCGAAGAAGGAGGCAGAGGAAAGGGAGAAGGAACGCGAGAAGAUCCGGAAGAGGGAUGAAUUGCUGGCAAUGAGAGACACAAAGUCCAAGAAUAAGAUCAAUAAAAUGCUCAAAGUGAUAAAGUCUGCCAAUAAAUCGGUAAUUGCCGAUGCUGUGGACAAUGAGAACACUGCGGUAACUCUCCAUGGACCAGAUCAGCCGGAUGAGGAUGACUAUGGAUAUGUGUCACAGGAAGCCAGUGCCUUCUACAGCAAGAUGAUGGAGAAGUACAAGAGUCAGCCGGAGGAGGAUAAAUUCUCAACAGGUAAGCGAAAAGUGAGCUUGGAGGUCAGCCGGAAGGUCCAGAAAGAGCCUAGAGACAGGAAUAAUCCGCCAAAGAGGCAGGAAAUGCCUCCGCCGCCGGAUAGAGUCAAGGAGGAGAAGCAGGAGAAACAGGAGAAGCCCAAAGUGAAGAAACCUCCUCCGCCUCCUGUUGACUUCCAGUCUCUGCUCAAAUUGGCUGAAAAGAAGCAAUUUGAGCCCAUUGAGAUUGUCCAGGAGGUCAAGAAGAAGGAACCCGAGAGGCCAAUGACGCAGAAGGAGAAGCAGGAACAUGAGGAGAGGCUGGCAAUCAUCGAGGCGAAGAAAAAGAGGAUGCUCGAAGCGAAAAAUCGAGCAAAUGGGAAAAUUCACAAAGUGACAGCUCCUGUGGCAUCUUCCAGCAAAGUCCCGCCCACUCCUAGCACUUCCCGCAAGCCAGAACCAACCAGAGAGCCGAAAGAGUCCAAAGCUGUGGCAGAGAAACGACCUCAAAAGCCGAUAAAGAAGGAAAUUGAGAAACCAACAGCCGUCCGGAAAGAUUCCGGGAGCGCAACAAAGAAGCCUCAGGAGCGUCCUAAGCCACCUCCAGAGCCACAGAAGACAAGAGAAUUCCCCCCGAAAGAUGUCCAGAAGACCAGAGAAUUUCCUCCGAAGGAUGUUCAUCGACCCAGAGAAAUUCCUCGAUCCCGGCCGGAACCGCAGCGUCCGAAACUGACAAAACCUCCUCCAAAGCGUCUCCGGAUUGAGGAUGAUGACAGUGAAUAUGAUUCCGAGAUGGAUGACUUCAUUGAUGAUGGCCCCGAGGAUGAUGCCAAUGCCUAUUCCAAGCACAUCCGGGAGAUUUUUGGCUACGACAGAUCCAGGUACAGGGACGAAGUUGAUGAUGACAAGGGCAUGGAAUCGACAUUUGCACAGCAGAUGCGAGAGGAGUACAUCAGCAAGAAGAUUGGAUUGAUGGAGGAUCUCGAGGAUAUGCGACAGGAGGAGCUGGAAAAGGAGCGGAAGCUCAAGAACAAGAAACGCAAAAAGUAGCAGAAUAUCUUUUGUAUUUCAACUUUUUUACAUCUCUCCAGAGGGAAAUCAUUUGCCCAGGGCCAAGAUGGGAAUCACAAAUCCUGCCUCGGAAGAAUUGAGGGUGAUAUUCAAGAUUUCUGACUAGAUUACAAAUUUUAAUCAGUUACACUGCGACAAAAGCAUUAACAACAUUACUUAUUAUUCUCGUAAUUUCUCAACAAUAUUUUCUUUUUAAGAAAUAUAUAACAUUAAAAAAAAAUUAUUUCUGAAAACAUUUUCUUUCGAGGUUUUCUGAAAAACUGGAACUACGUAAAAAAAAUGAGAUGAAAUAUUAUUAAACAAAAACUAUCAUGAAAUAUUAUUGUACAUUUUUUCAAUUGUAUUAUAAGUUAUUAAAAAAAAAGUGAAAAA